AUGGACCAUCCCGACAUUCAUCAUCGUGGAAGUGUUGGUGGUGGUGUUGGUGGUGUUGGUGGUAGUUCUUCUCUUCUUCACACCACCAAUAGCAUCAACAGCACUGGUUCCUUUGAUUCCGAAAUUGAUUACGAAUCGGGUGAACACACCUCUUCUCCUUCCUCACUCUUCAUCAAUGGAGCAGUGUUUGCAUCAAAUCAUUCUCCUCCUCCUAGUAGUCACGUCAUAAUGAAUAAUAACCAUCCAUAUUUAACAUCCUCCUAUUCUCAACACCAUCAUCACGUGUAUUCGAAUACAAAUCAUCAUCAUCAUAGGCCGUCAUCGUCCUCUUCUUCUUCUUCGACCAUUCCCACCAAAUAUCAACAACAACAAAAAAGAUUUCUCACCAAUGUGGUGAUGAGUGUGGUCUUGUUGAUGGUCUUGUCCAUUCUUGGAUAUGUGGUGUACAAUAAGGUUUCUAAAAGGAGCAACACUCCUUCUUAUGAUGAGCAUGCUUUUAGACACAAUCCUGAUCGCUUCACUCAGACCAAUCCAGAUAUUCUCGACAAGGUUCGUAUGAGAGAAAGUGCCUAUGUGAGAAAACGAUACAACUCCAAUAAUGAGGAUGAGGAGAGUGGAGACGACGGAACAAUGAUGGAAAGUGGAGUGUUUGUAGGUUCAAAACAACGGAGAGCUCCAAAAAAGGAUGAUCUUCCUCUUGUCAGAGAAGGUGACAGCAAGACUUCAAUUGUUCAAGAUGACUACUCGACUUAUUCGGCUCCUAUUGAAGAGUUUAUGUGGCGUGGAAUGUUUAAAGAGAAAAUGAAGGAAAUUUCUGAUUGUCCUGUUCCUUUCAAAAAACAGAAACAAUUGACAAAGGUUGCAAAAACGAUUCAUACUUACAUGAUUCAAGAACCAGGAACAGAAAAUUAUCAAGAAAUGUUGGAUGCUGAAAAAGUGACAGAUAGUAGUGGAGUGACAACUGUCGAUUGGUCUCAAACCUUUGCAUCCAUGCCUGCCGAUUGUCAAACUUCAACACUUGUUCACAAACGAUCGGAUGACAACUAUUUGGUGAUCUGUCAAGAAGGAAGCAAAGAACCAUUUUUCUCAAUUACCAGAGAUCCAGCAGGAGAUGGAACUGCUCAAUCUGAUUCUGCAUUCCAAAUUAUACGUGAAAACAAAUUAGAGAAAUUAGAGUUUGAGCCAGGAUCGAAAUUAAUAUUGGACAAGAAACAAUUGGCCAACACUGAAAUACUUGUAAUGAAGUGUAGCAAGGGAAGAGAAGUUGUCACUCGUAUUGCUCAUGAUGCCGAAUUACAAAAAGCAGCCAAUCAAGCCUAUGCCACUCGUGUGAAAAAACUUGAAGAACAAGAUCAAGACUUGAAAGAAAAGUCCAAAAAACCAAAAUAUGAGCAUCAUCAAUAUGCUGCAAAUAUUGAAUAUGAAUAUGAAAUGAUGCAUCCUGUGAAUGUGUUACAUAUCAUUCUUGAUGGCACAUCGAGAGCUAAUUUUAUGAGAGAACUUCCAAGAACAGUUGGUGUUUUGGAAGAUAUUGAAUUGGAUCAAAAGGCAGUUAACUUUAAAAAACCAAGCAAGCAUCGAGUGUUCCAAUACUUUAGAUACAAUACUGUUGGUCACUCUUCAAGAGAAAAUAUGUUGGCGAUGGAAAAUGGUUUAAAGAUGUCACCAUCAUUCUUUAAACAUUAUUUCUCAUCCAUUCCAGAAAAGAGUUAUGAAGAAACAGAACCUACUCGUCAAAAAGAAUUGUUGACCAAAGUUUUGGUGGGAGCAAAAGAACAAGAUGGAUCUCGUACACUCAUCGAACAUAACAUUUGGAAUAUUGCUAAAAAAUUGGGUUAUGUCACCAUGUACAGUACAAGUGAAUGUCCAUACGUUAAAAUCAGUGACAAGAAAUACAGAAAGAAGCUCAUGGACACUUCUUCUCAUCUCUUUAACACAUGGCAUCGAGCGGAUCACAAUUUGGUUUCUUUGGCAUGUGAAAGACAAUUAUUUAAAUCAUCAAAAGAUAGAAAAUGUCUUGGAUCCAAGGAUUUGGCUGAACAUAUUUUCGAUUACACAAGUGACUUCUUUGCCAAGUAUCCAGGUACUGCUAGGUUUGCAACUAUUCAUUUAGAAGAAUCAAAACAUUUACGAUCUCACCAAAUGAUGACUGGUCUAGAUAUUUCUCUUUCUCGAUUCAUUGUUUCAAUUACAAAGGCUCAUCCUCAUACAGCAAUCAUUCUCUCAAGUGGAAAUGGAGUUUCACAUGGACCUCUCUACGUGACAGAUGUCGGCCAAAAAGAACAUCAUUUACCACUCUUAGUGAUGGUCAUGCCAGAGCAUUUGCAAAUUAGACAUGAACAAGUUUUUGCAAACAUGGAUGCUAAUCAACAACAACUAGUUACACCAUUUGAUCUCUAUAGUACUCUGGUUCACUUAAUGCUCUUCCCUCAAGUGGAUCUUCCAUCUCGUUACCAUUUAAUUCAUAAGGUUAAAGCUGAAUCAGAGCAUUCAGAUGAGAUUGACGAUUUUGAAGCCAUUUCCAAGUCAAUUCUUCUUCCAAUCUCUGAUCAAACAAGAUAUUGUAAACAGGCAGGUGUUGAUGAACGAUGGUGUUCUUGCUACGUACAAAAGUCCUUAGAUGUGACCUCAGAGAGAACAAGUGCUCAUAUUUCCACCAUUUUGAAGGCUGCAGUGAAUCAUGUAAAUAAGAUGGUUCAAAAGCAUAAGCAAACCUGUCAACAAAUUGAAGCUACGAAGGUUUUGAAAGCGACCAAGAUUCGUAUGCAAACACCAGAAGAGUUGGAGAAUGGAAGAAUUAUCCCAUACAUCAUCUCGGUGGUAUUCCAAUCUAAGACCGGUGACAUAUUUGAAGUGGACUACUCGUUAUCUGAAGAAGAUGUGUUACACAGGUUAUUGGAUGUUCGAAGAAUUUCUCUUGUUGAACAUUUGGAAGAGUCAGCAAAGAACCGAGAGACAUUGGUCUGUGACAAAGUGAAGGGAUUUGAGGCCUCACCAGAUUUGUGUAUUUGUAAGGAGCUGUAA